AUGUUGUGGGCGUGGCAGCAGUGGCUCUCGCCGCGACCGCAGCAUCGCACCAGAAACAACUCUCAACCGUCCUUCCUCCAUCUUGGCAAUGCGGCACUGUACGAGCCCCUCUCAAAGCCUGACGGCCGUUGUCACGGAGCGAAUCUGAUUAUCUGGUAUGGCAGACACAUACAUCGCUUACAGGAUGAAUACUUCAAGAUCGAGCAAGGUGUACUUGGUGCAGUGAAGAACGGGGUAGAAUACGCCGUCACCAAGGAUAAUGGAAUCUUUCAUAUACCCGCCGGCACGCGCCACAAGUUCUGGUCUCAUAAAUCAGCCACGGAAGAUCUCGUCUUCUCCGUCUGGCUAGAUCCAUGCAAGGACACUGAUUACAUUCUUGACGUGAACUUCCUACGCAAUCUCUCUGGCUAUGUAGAUGAUUGUCUCAAGGCCGGCCUGAAGCCAUCCGUUCUACAGAUCAUCCUCUUCACUGAAAAUGCAUCCUCCCUCCUGUGCCCGCCGUUCCUGAAUUGGAUGCCUGUCUGGUUGCUCAUUUGGGUGCACCGCGGGCUUGCCUGGUUCGCAGAGAGUGUGUUGGGGUAUAAGAAGUCGUAUCCUGAGUACACCAGAACUUCGUGA